GAUGAGAGUUUCGGAGGCGGAAACCUGCUGGUUUAGUAGGCGAAAGCUCGCUCCUUAUAAAUGUCUCAAUCCAUUUGCACUUUUCUCAAGAUUCAACAGAGAAGUCAGAGAUAUUUGACGAGAGCAACAGGAGAAAAAUUAAGCUCUUCGGAGGUGGGAGCGAUGAGCAGGCAGGACACCUGGCUCGUGCGUAAAAUGGAUACUGCUGCGAGCCUUUAAAGGACUGCUGUCACACUUCACUCCACCACUGAAGACGACACCGACACUGUCCUGUGGAUAUAUAACUUGACCCAAUCAAAAGUGUGACAAUCACGCUUUAUGCUGCUUGGGGUCGUUUGUAAGUGUCCACGGCACCUGUUGUAGCUCAGUACCCUCCCUCCAGUCAAAGAUGACAACAGAGAGGGCCAAAUGGUGGAAGGCGUUCAUGCCAAAGAAGAAAACCGGAAGCACCAAGGACACCGCUUCCCCCCACCCAUUUGACCCAGACUUUGACCCUUUUGCACAACGGUCCGAUAAGCAAAAAGAGCCUGCCUCCAAGAACAGCACUGAGCAGUCCCCGCUGUCCCAACAAGAGUCGAACACGGGCUCCAGCCUCCUCAGUGAUGACACCUACGACGACUCCCACCUGGAGUCUGUCUUCAAUGAGCAGACAUGUCGCAGGAACAUGAAGGUGUCGCGCUCAGGUCGAUUCAAGGAGAAGCGGAGGGUGCGCUCGAGCCUUCCCAUACAGGACAAAGAGACAGAGAAGGGGGCUUCGGGGAAAGAGGACAUACGGUGACUGUGAGGAGGAGGAGGUGAUCAAAGAAUGCAUUACAAACAUGCUUGAAGAAAAGGAGAAGGGUUUGAGCACAUGAAGAUGCUUCAUUCCCAUGAGUCAUGCUAAGAGAUUUGCUGUGUGUUGGUUAUUGUGGUGAUGAUGAAGAUGACAAGGAGAAUCCAACCUUGAGCCCAGUACAACAACAGUGCCGAUGUGUAGUACAUGAAAUAUUGGUGAUUUGGAUAUUUUUGUUGAUGGACUUGUGCCAGAGGGCCACAAUGAUAAAUGGCCUGAAAAUGUAUUUGUUCUUCAUGAUGGUUGUUGAACCAUUUGCUCAAAAGAAGAGCACUAAUCCGGCAAAAUAUGGAAUUAAUGUCUCACAGUGCUUCAGUGAUGUUCACUGUCGUCAAUGAACAACUCCUAAAAUCACUGAUAAUGUUUAAGAAAGCUCAGUCAUCAAAUACCAUGUUCUAUCAGUACUCCAGACCAAGUGUGAUGGCUACAGGAAAACAUUGUUCGUAAGAUGUUCAAAACAUUUUUGUACUGAGAAUGAUUUAGGUUUAAUAAUGAAGGAUGAAUGUAAUGCUCCUUUUACAAAUGCUUUUGCAAAAAAUAUUGAUUCUGAAGGGUCUGAAGGAUGUUUAUGAAGGUGUAAAAUGAUUUAUUAGGUGUGUUAAAAAAAUCAGUUAGUGGAAGAGAUUAAGAAAUGCUUGUGAGUAGCUUUUAGUCCACUGUAAAACACUUGCCACUGAAAUGCAAAAAAUACUUUGAAUGAAGGAUGACAUCAGGCCCAUAUUGUGUUUUGGGCCACCUGUGAAUACUUAAAUGAAGGCAAAGUAUGAGAAAUAAAUCUGUUAACUGCUGCA